GUAACAACGUCAGUCAAAGCGGAAGUGGCUGCGAAGGAUAGUACCUGACAGGGUCGUGUAGUAGCAUACAAGCGAUAUAUUCUCCUCUUAAUCAACAAAAUACAAUAUCCACAGGUUAACUUUGUUAACGUAAAGGAUCAUUAGCUGAAACUGAAGAGAUAUGGGUAGCUAGCUAUCUACCUUUUCCACAUGGGGAACAAAAAAACGGUGGGCAGACGCUUGGUAGCUACAUAACGUUAGCUGUUUUCUACAAGGUACCUGGUGUAUGGACUUCCUGCUGUCUUCUACUACAGGUCAUCUAAAGUGUAUGGACUUCCUGCUGUCUUCUUCUACUACAGGUCAUCUAAAGUGUAUGGACUUCCUGCUGUCUUCUACAGGUCAUCUAAAGUGUAUGGACUUCCUGCUGUCUUGCCAUUGACUGCAUUGUCAUUGUUCCCACCAGCAGGACAAUAUGAGUGGAGAGAAGGAAACAUUGUUGGAUGAAAUUGAACAGAGUUUAUUUACUCUAACUAAGGACAAUAUACUUUACCUGUGUGAACGUUGUGGAAUUGAUGUCUCUCAAGUUAAAGGAAAGCACCAUCGCUCAUUGCGACGUAAAAUCAUGGAGGAAAUGUGGGAAAAUGCAGAUUCAGUCAAAUCGGAGGAGCAGGGAAUGUCUUGGUUACUCCGACUGAAAGAUGACAUCAGAAAGAUACAUGAAGAAUCUACUGUGGCACCCAUGAGUCCCAGCCAGUCUGAUGAUGACAAUGCUACAACCUGCGGCGAGGAAUGGGACAUGCAGGACAAAGAUUGGUUUCCUAGCAACAGGCUGGAGGCGGAGUCAUCUCCAGAGAGCCACACUCCAGAGCAGAGGGAGAGUGGUGACAAGCCUACUUUGCCGCCUUCCUCCCUCCAGUCCCUGGGUUGUGCCUCUCCCGGUAGCGCCUUACUGCGGGGUCUGAAGAGGGCGUCUGUGUGGCUGGAUGACUGCAGGAAAACACCCGGGCUGAGUGGAACUGUGAGAGGAGGAGAAAAAGAGGGAGAUUUGACUGAUCAAAGAAAGAGAUGUGACUAUCCCGGUUCCUCUGGGGCGCCUCAACAACGUCCUGAUAAGGCAGAGAAAAGUCUUUCCAGAUCAGAACACCUCGAGAAACAUGAAUGGAGACCCACAGGGAUGAAACAUCACCGCUGCUCUGACUGUGGGAAGAGUUGCAAAUCUUCAUCAGAACUAAAAAAACACCAGAGAAUCCAUACAGGAGAGAAACCUUAUAACUGUGAUCAAUGUGGGAAGAGUUUUCGUUAUUCAAGCCAGUUUAAAGUACACCUGCAAAGACACACAGGCGAGAAGCCUUAUAGCUGUUCAGACUGUGGGAUAAGCGUUUGUACCUCAAGUCAGCUGUUAUCGCACAAGCGAACCCACACAGAAGAGAAGCCUUACAGCUGCUUACUGUGUGAGAAAAGAUUUUCGUCAAAAUAUAGUCUGAAAUUACACCAGCGGUUCCACACUGGAGAAACAAAUUAUGGCUGCGAUCAGUGUGAGGAGAGUUUCACCUCGUCGGCAGACCUCAGAACUCACCAGAGAAUCCACACCGGAGGGAAACCUCACCUCUGCUUCCAGUGUGGGAAGCGCUUCCGCCAACAAUCAGGCUUGAAAAGCCACGAGAGGAUUCACACAGGAGAGAAACCUUUCCAGUGCUCCCACUGUGGGAAGAAGUUCAGCCACAGGGCCACGUUUAAAGCACACCAGCGGACUCACACUGGAGAGAAGCCUUACCAAUGCUCCCAGUGCAGGAGGAGUUUCUCCCAAAUGGGCCACCUGAAAGUACACCAACAGACGCAUGCUAAAGUGAGGUCUCACCUCUGCCCGCAGUGUGGUAAGGGCUACUACUCUCUAGACAUCUACAAUGCACACAUGAGAACACACAACGGUGAGAAGACUCACCAGUGCGCCGACUGUCCCAAGAACUUCCUCACCCUGACUCAGCUCAAAACACACCAGCGGACACACACAGGAGAGAAACCGUACGUCUGUGACCAGUGUGGGAAGAGCUUUGCCGAAUCGGGAAGCCUGACUCUACACCAGCGCUCGCACACCGGGGAAAAACCUUACCACUGCUCUGAGUGCGGGAAGAGCUUUGCUCGCUCCGGGGCACUGAAGAAGCACCAGCUUACACACACUGGGGAGAAGCCUUACAGCUGUGGUCAGUGUGGGAAGAGGUUUCCCAGGUCAGAUACUCUGGCUACACACAUGAGAACACAUACAGGAGAGAAGCCCUAUAGUUGUGAUCCAUGUGGUGAGAGGUUCUCCUAUCAUAGGUGCCUGGUAAAACACAUGAAAACACAUGUAGGAGAUACUCCAGCCCUCGAGCGACCAAUCACCCUAGGCCUCGGUGUUGAAUGACCUGUCCAUCAACCAAUCACACCAGGCCUUGGGUAAACUGGAAAUGUCUUACAGAUUAAAUAUGAACAGCAUGGUAGCAAUUGGAAGAAAAAAGUUGAGGACACAACAGUUCACCUGACACAAGACUGAACCCAAAUAUUACUGUCGAUUUGAUAUUUUCUGUACAUUAGGCCACAUUGAUAACAUGUUACUGAACAGCCAUUGCGUUCUAAUUUCAACCUAUAUACGGGUAUGAGUGUAAAGGGUUAAUGGCUUAUAUUAUUAUUAUUAUUAUUAUUAUCAUUAUUCUAUAUUGUUAUUAAUAUGGGUUGUUCGUUGCUGAGUGUUGUAACAUGGUGCCAAUUUCAAAGCUAUAUUUCUUGAAAUUAUUUCAGAAUGUGUUGACCCUGAUUUGUUAGAUUUCCCGCCCCCUCCCCCUAGCAUUUACAAGCUGAAUUGUUAUGUUGUUGACUUGAUUAUACAUUUAGGACGUUUCUAAAUAUCUGUUUUAUACCAGGUUCUAACAUGUGUCCUUUUGUCCUGAUCUUGUUCACAUUCUGAUUGUGACCACAUUUUAAGACGGGUGUAAACAAUCAAAGGACACAUUGUGAUCAGAUCUUCCUGCCUACCCCCGGAGGUAUUCAGGCACACAUUGUGCAGAUGGAUCUGGACAGUGGAACCAUUUUUAAUCAUCAUAAUUAUUCCGACCCUCUAAAAUCCUUGACAGGUGUCACCAUUUGACUUAUAGCAUCAAUGUGUCAAAUAACUCAGGUAGGCAGCAUCAAUGUGUUUCAAAUAUAAUUACCUGUCAAAUAACUUGCAUUCAGGUAGUGACCAGGAAAUCUGGUCACAAUGUGGACACAGCGGACGGAUAAGAGACACAUUUUAAUACCAUGUGUAGACUUAUGUCUGAAAAUGUGGGUACAAUCAGAAUGUGGACUUCUAUUAGAACCAGGUAUAAACAAAUCUGCAGUCUUAGUCCCAAAUGCCACCCUGUUCACUAGGACGAACACUACCGUUCAAAAGUUUGGGGUCACUUAGAAAUGUUCUUGUUUUUGAAAGUAAA